AUGAGAUUAGCACUUGCAUCGCAGAAUCAGCACCUCCUCCACCAGUAUAUAAUCCCCGACGUGGAUCCACCACAGCAGCAGCAGCAGCACUCAGGCAAGAAAGAAUGGCUUCCUCCGCCACCUUUCUCACAAUUCUCGCGGUGCUCGCCAUCGCCCUCGUCUCCGUCGAGGCCUCCCGCAAGGCCAAGCCAGGCACGCUCUGCCCCACCGCGCUCUUCACCUUCUCGGACUCCCUCAGCGACUCAGGCAACCGCUACCGCGAGGGCAUGGGCAGCGGCGACACCCUCUCCGCCCUCGCGGGCAGGGACCCCUACGGCGUCACCUACGGCAGGCCCACGGGACGCUACAGCGACGGCCUCCUCAUCCCCGACUUGCUCAUCUCCAAUCUCCGCCUCGAGAACCUGGCCAUCGCCAGCCUCUCCUACAACGGCAGCGAGUUCGUCAGCCUCAACUUUGGCUACGCCGGCGCCACCGUCAUCCCGGUCCAGGGCAACCAGCCCCCAUAUCUUGUCCACGCAAGUCCAGAACUUCCUGCGUCACCAGAAGAGCACCAUCGCGCGGUAUGGGCGCCAGACGAGCCAGCAGUGGUACGAGAGUGCGCUCGUCUACGUGGAGAUUGGAGGGGACGACAUCAACUUCGGGCUGGCGCAGGGUGGCAACUAUGUCGUCCAGGUGGUCGUCCCUGCCGUGGUCAAGGGCCUCGCCGACGCCAUCGCCACCUUGUACUCGGCCGGGGCGCGCAACGUCUUGCUGUUUAACAUGCCCCGGGCGGAUUGCGCGCCUACGUAUCUCCAGGCGUUUGGGGAAUACCAGCCGGGGACGUACCACUUGGACAAGGAUGGGUGCAUUGUGGAGGUUGGCGAGCUCGUCAGCGUCUUUAACUCGGCCAUGCAGACGAUGGCAGGGGAGCUCCGGCAGAAUUACACGGGGCUCAAUGUUUACUACUUUGAUUGGAAUGCGGCCAACACUGAGGUGAUCGAGAACAUGGAUACGUAUGGAUUCACGACGAAUCUUAAGUCGUGCUGCGGUGGCGGAGGGCAAUACAACUGCAAUGGAGGUGGCCUGUGCGGGUGUGGGACUGCCAAUGUUUCAUACACAGUUUGCAAGGACCCGGAUGAGUAUACUACCUUCGAUGGUGUUCACUAUACGGGGCACUUUUACAGGAUUAUGACCGACUUUAUUUUGGCUGGGCAGUACAUCUCCCCAAAUGUGACCCUGCAGAAGGGUUGCAAGGUCAUCCCAGAAGAGCCAGCAGGUCCACUCUAG